AUGAUGAAUCCGUACCUCAGUUGGGCUCUUCUGCUCGUCGUGGCAGGUGGCCUCGGCUGGUAUUACAAUGGCCCCACCGCCAUCAAGGCCAAAGCUCCCAUCAAGCCCGUCGUGGAAAAAACAGAAAGCGCGCUGGGUGUGAAGAAGCCGAAGCGCAAGACUAAGAAGUCUCCCGAGCCCCCUGUCCCGGCCGCAAAGGCCGAGGAGCAGCCUGCUUACGUGCCCCAGACGGAGGAGGCCGAUAAGCCGGAUGAGGAGAUUGACCAGAAGGAAAUGGCCAAGCGUUUCGCCGCCGUGCGGGACGGAACCAUUGCUCAGACCAGCACCAAGUCCCAGAAGAAGAAGAACAACAAGAAGACUGCCACUCUCGCCCAGCCCGAGAAUGGUAACAACGAGCGUUCCGCCUCGCGCGUGUCCACCCGUACUUCCUCCACUACCGGAGCGGAAGCGGAUGAUGAUCUCUCCCCUGCCAACUCCCCUCAGGUCAACGCCACCGUCCCCACCACCGGUUAUGUCUCCGAUAUGUUGGAAGCCCCUGCUCCCGGAGCUUCGGUUCUCCGCGUCACUGGUUCCAUGGAAGAUACCCAGAAGAAGAAGCAGAAGCCCCAGUCCUUCAAGCAGGUUGAAACCAAGAAGCAGCGCCAACAGCGCCUGAAGAACGAGGCCCGUAAGGAGCAGGUCCAGGAAGCCGAGCAGGAACGCCGCAAGCUCCUUGAGAAGCAGCUACAUUCGGCUCGCGAAGCCGAGCGCCAGCAGGCCGCCCAGGCCAAGCCCGCUGCUCCUCAAACCAACGCCUGGCAGACCAAGCCCGCGAGCAACGUCUCGAACGGCGCUUCCAAGGUGGCUCCCGCCGUCGCCCCCACCGCCGCUCCCAAGGUUGAUCUGUUGGACACCUUCGAGCCCGCGGCUACUAAGCCUUCCGGCAAGUGGGACCAAGGCCUUCCCUCCGAGGAGGAGCAGAUGCGCAUCCUCGAGGCGGGUGAUGACCAGUGGACCACUGUCGCCAGCAAGAAGAUCAAGAAGAAGGGUGGAAAGGCCGACGAGAGUGAGGCUAGCGCCCCGGAGUCCCAGCCUACUCCCACUCCCGCUGCCGCGCCCGCUCCUACUCCUGUCGAGCCCAAGGUGAAGGUGACGCCCACCUAUCUUCCCGACAUCCUUCUCUCCAAGCAGAAGGGCCAUCCUCUUGAUUCCGACUGGGCUGCUUAA